GCCGUUAUUGGGAACAAUAUCACUGUAUUUUACUUUUGACGUUUUCCUUAUUUAUUUUUCGUCUUAGUUCUUGAAGAAUCAGAUGGUUUACCGCUAAUAUUUAAUGAACAAGAAAAUAUCUCAUCAGAAAAUGAUUUACAGCCAAGUGUUCAUUUACCAUCUGGUCCAACAGUACUAACAAAUAGCACAAAUACAGUAACAACAACAACAGUGGCGAAAACAAUGAAUAAUAUUGAAAAAGAACUAGCUCAAGUGGAAAUGAAAGAUUUAUGUCGAAAAAUAUUAUUGAUAAAAUCACCAGUUCUGUCGUUUUCGAAAUUAAAUAAAUCAUUAAGUUGUUACAGUAUGGUUGAUGUUCACAAAGCGUGCGAUUUGUUAAUACAAAAGAAACUGUUAGAAAAAAGAAACAAUUUGUUGGGUAAUACACAAAAGUAUUUCGAUUCAUAUUUAAAACUAUUACCAGUUAAUAUGCAAGAAACAGUUAAAUUUGCUGGAUUGUUAAAAGAAUUU